GUUUGUUUACAUGUAAAAACAGUGUCAAAUCCGUAACAAAGAUACCACCGUUGUGUCAUCACCAUCACUUAAAAGUGUUGAAACAAUUUUACUUUAAUGAUAUUAUCUUUAUUUCAUUAUUUUCGUUAUAGUGUCUUAAUGUGAUACCACGUAAAAUGGUGAAUCAAUAUGCUUCCCUUAUUCCAAAUAGUAGCUUGUUCUAGAGGUCAAAGGAAUAUGUCAGAAGGACCCCCAAAACCUAGAAGGAAAAAAAUUGAUGUUCCAGUCCACAGAGCUAUUGAGGAAACAAAUAAUGACAAUAAUAAAAUAAAAACUUUCUCUGGUAAUUUUCAUUCCAGUAAAUAUUGCAAAAACCAAGAAAUUACUUCAAAAGCAAUUAUUAAAGAUGAAGAUCCAAUCCAUACCGAAAUUAUACUUGAAACGGUAGAACCAAACACUGGUUCAAAAUUAUCUAGAAGACACUUAGUUAAAGAAAAUUAUCGUUUACUGGAAGAAAAUAGAGAACUGAGCUCCAGGUUUAUUGAACUAGAAGGUCUCUCAGUCAACAAAAUAACAAAACUUAGAGAAAAAGUAAACUUACUUCAAUUGGCCAAUUCACACUUUAAAAAAGAUAUCGAAGAGUUAGAAGAAAAUUAUGAGCAGGUAUUGUACGAAAACAACGCGUUGAAAAUCGAGUUAGAGAAGUUAAAAAUAUGUAAAAAAUGUGAAGAAUAUAGGAAUGAAAUAGCCAAAUGUAAUUCAGAUAAUGAAAAAGUUAUGAAUGAAAACGAAAUAUUAAAAGCAAAGAGGAAAGAACUUACUGAAGAUUUGGCUAUGCUGAAAACAGUAGUUUAUAGAUUAAAUCUGCAAUUGGAGAGGUACCAAGAACUUCUACGAACAAAUAACAUUCCAAAACCAGUCGUAGAACCAUACCAUAAACGAGAGGUCUUAGAAUCUUCUAGUAGUAAAGAAAUUCUGUCAGAAGUACAUCGAGACCAUAAACAUAUACCAGUUAUUUGGGGAAACGUAAAUAGACACACUUUAGGGCCCCUGUUAGACGCCUACGAAGAUUCCGUUAAAGAGAAGGAUGAAAUCAUUGAAGAAUAUGAAAUAGAAAUGAGCAAGUUUACAGGAAAAGUAAAAGAAAUCAUUGAAGAAAAUGAAAGCUUGUACAGACGACUUAACGAAGAUGAAACUUGCAGUUCUAAACUAGUGGUAGAACUGGAGAACUCGAAAAGAGAGUUGAAGAAUACAAGAGAACAAAAUGAUGCUCUUAUUAAGAAAUGUUCAUUGAAACAGGAUAAAUUAGAAGAAGUUUUAAAGAUAUAUGAAGCAAAAGUUGAACAGAUGACCCGUGACUUUGAUGUACUGCAUGGAGAAUACGUCAAAAGUAGAACAGAAAACGCGGCUUUAAAGGAGAAAAACAAAUCGUGUAUUGAAUCUCAAGCAGAGCUCAAAAAUCAAAUGCAAAAUUUUAUCCCUAUUUCUGUCCAUAAUUCUAGCGUCAACGAAUGCAAAAAGUGGUAUGAAGAAUUGAAAAUACAGUACGAACAGGAAAAAGAUAAACUUUUGAAAUCCAUUGAAACGCACAAUAAAACCAUUGAAGAUUUGAAUAAAGAAAUUGCUAGUAAUGUUGUGACCAAACAAAAACUUGAAAAUAAUGUUAGCCAUCUGGAAAAGCAUGUAAAAAAAUUAGAAGCUAAACAACUAGAACUAGAACACAACUUGAAUGGAGUACAUUUAUCUCGAACGGCCCUUAAAAAACAACUACAUAAAGCCAUGGAGUUUGCAAAAGAUAUGGUUGCAGAGCAGGAACAAUUGUUAAAAGCCUUGAAUCUAAGACAGCAAGAAAAUAAGGUUGUCAGAAAGCUUGGUUCGGACAUGGCGAAUAAGAUGGAUAUGCUUAGAAAUCAGCUAAAGGAUGUACAGAAAAACGCUUGGCAAGAAUUUGCUACCGUUGAACAGACGAUCCAAGAUCAAGCUCAGACUAUAGAAGUUAUGAAAGAUCAAUAUGAGAAAGAAAUAGAAGAUUUAAGAAAAGUUGUUGCUAAAUACGAAGAAGUCAAAGAUAGCAAUAUUGUGCUCAGGCCAGAAAACUUACAAAUGGCGCAUUAUUUUUUGUUAAAAAAUAAGUACAAAUAAAAUUCAAUCAUAUUAGUAUCAUUGUAAUAAUUUAUGCGUAUAUUGGACAUUUGUAUCAAAUAUUUUAUACUGACUUCUGUUAUAUAAAUAAAUAAUAAAAAUACU